CAGCAGCUCAACAAACCUCCACCAACAUAAGCCUAGGCUCCUCCUUAACACCAACUGGCAAGUCUUCAUGGCUAUCACCCAAUGGGCAUUUCGCUUUCGGUUUCUAUCAGCAAGGCAGUAGUGGCUAUGUCGUCGGAAUAUUCGUAGCCGGCAUACCUGAGAGGACACCCGUCUGGACAGCCAACAGGGACACUAAUCCCAUUUUCCCCAGCAACUCAACUUUGGUGUUGAAGAGCGAUGGAAGGCUAGUUGUAUUAUUGAUAAUGGUCUUCCUAUUACAUUAGCUUCCAUGUUAGACAACGGAAAUUUCGUGGUAUAAAGUUCUGAUGGAAUCAUGUGGCAGAGCUUUGAUAAUCCAACAAAUACCCUUUUGCCCGGACAGAGCCUUUCCAAUGGAAAAGAGUUGGUUUCCAGUGCUUCAGGAAACGAUGACACUUGUGGAAUUUUCCGUAUCAAGAUGCAAAGUGACGGAAACCUUGUUCAGUAUCCAGUCCAGACUACAGAUACUGGUGAAAAUGCUUACUGGGCAUCAAACACUGCUGGUCAAGGUAAUCAGAUUACGCUAAAUCUUGAGGAAGAUGCUUACCUCUACUUGAUCAAUUCUACCAGCAAUGUUUGAUGUGGAUAACUUAACCACAGGAGGCUUUCCAAAGGAAAAAUAUAUUUACAUUGCAAAAUUAGAUGUGGAUGGUAUUUUCCGGCUGUAUUCACGUCCAUUCGGUCAUGGAAACUGGUCAGUUUUAUGGUCAACUACGGCAGAUAAAUGCGCCCCAAAAGGUAUCUGCGGGGUGAAUGCUUUUUGCACUACAAUGGACACUGAAUCUGAAUGCAGAUGUCUCCCGGGGUUUGAUUUUGUGAUUCCAGGCAACUGGAGUUCAGGAUGCAUUAGAAAUUUCACUGCACUAAGCUGUCAUUCAACAGGUGGCGGCGAUAUUGAUUAUGAAAUGAGAGCAUUGGACAACACGACGUGGCAAAGCAAUUCCUAUGCUGUGUUGAAAGCUUUGACUAAAGAAGAGUGUGAGCAAACCUGUUUGGAGGAUUGCAAUUGUGAUGCAGUACUGUUUAAAGAUGGGGAAUGCAGAAAAGAUAGGUUGCCCCUGAAAUAUGGAAGGAGAUCCAAGGGUGAUUCUAAUUCAGCUCUUAUUAAGAUUGGAUUGACUAUUAGAAGAGGAGGUCUGGUUGAUCAUCGUGUUAGAUAUAAUUAAUCUAACCAUACAUAAUAGUUUACCGUUAGCCAUAUUUGUCUCAAUGCUAUAUAAUGCUUACCUUGUAUCCCAUCAAUACAAGUUUAUAUAAGCACAGAGUCUCGUUGAAUGACAA